CUAACUCCAGCAUUGAAAAACCGUAUACCCUGUUUGGUUCUCCAAAUUCAGAAUCUUACUCUUUUACAGGCGAGCUGCAAAUUUUACUGCUUGGGCUUCUCAGAGCUUAGUUUGUGCUCCAUUACCAGAUGGCUACCCGGCCUACUCGUUCGAGGAGACAGGUAGCUGCCCAGCAGCCGGAGUCUCAAUCAAGGGCCAAGUGGAAUGCAUACCUCACUAAUAUAUUGGUGGAACUGAUGGCGGAGCAAGUGCGUUUGGGGAAUAAACAGAAUAAAUCCUUUAACAAGGAAGCAUGGAAGUGCAUCUGUGAGGAUUUUCAUAAAGAAACAGGUCUUCCGUGGGACCAGGAGCAAUUGAAGAGCCGGUAUACUGCCCUUAGGAAGCAUUAUGCUAUUGUAAAGUCAAUACUUGAUCAGAGUGAUUUCAAGUGGGAUGAGCCGACAGGUGCCAUUGUUGCUACAGAUGAGGCAUGGGAUGCAUACAUCAAGGAACAUCCAGAUGCAGAGACUCUGAGGAGUGCGGGCUGCUCUAUUUACAAACAAUUACACACAAUCUUUGCUGAAACUGGGACAAAAGGGAAGUCAAAUGGAUCUACUAUGAGCAAGGAGCGACCCUCUGGUUCACAACCUUCAUCUGUGUUUGAGGACAAGCUGUCCUCGUCAGAAUCUGAGGAAGAGGCUGACAUGGGAGUUGAGGAAGAUAAACUUCAGUCAACCAACCCGUCUGCAAAUUCGAGUCGGAAAAAAGGGCGUAAGGGGGUCGAUGAUUUCAUUGCAAAAGCUAUAUUGGAGAUGGCUGCUGCUUCAAGACUCAGGGCUGAUGCUAUCAAGAAGUUAAAUGAAAGGUACACUAUAACCGAUUGCAUUAGAGCAUUGGACGAAUUGCAAGGUGUCAAUGACCAAGUUUAUUUCGCUGCCUUGGAUCUGUUCAACAACAGAAGUGCCAGAGAGAUAUUCUUGUCCCUUCAAGGUGAGAAGCGGUUGACCUGGUUGCAUUGCAAAGUUUCUCGCAUUCAGUAAUUCAUAGGCCGAGGAGAUCGCUCCAUCCUAUCAGUGCUUUGUUAGAUACUCUCAGUAGUCAUUUAUUGCAUUCUCCAAGAAAAUGAAUUUUGUAGUCUUAGAUUUCUCUGUUACAUAGUAUAUUUAGAGGAAUGAUAGAUUUCGAUAUCGAUUUUUUACUUCUUACAACCUAUAGGUUAAAAGGAGAUGUGAUAGAUACAUUAUUUUGCUUAUGGGUCUAGUUUCUUGUGAAAGCUGUAAAGACAAAAACAAGAAAUCAAAGAGAAAUGAUUUAUAGUACCCAUUGUCUUUCCCAUGUUGAAAGAGUGAUUCAUAAGCAUUUGACUUUAAUGAACUUCAAGUUUGAUUUCA